AUGUUCGUCGACGUGCUCAAGCGGUACCUGCUGAUCGUGUGGAACUUUUUCUUCGGACAGGUAAGCUCGUCAUCGCGCACGAUGCCAUCACUAUUGUUACGUUUUUUAGUCUAGAGUUUAUCGACCGGCGUUUAGUUUUUUUCGCGUUUUGUCCGCCCCUCGUCUCCCCCUCCCCCUCCAUCGUUACCGCGGGCAUCGACGGUCGCGUAGCGUUUUCCCCCCCGGCUGUGUCGCGCGCGGCGCACGGGGGACGCGCACGUUUCGCCUGCCCCUCUCACACCCAUUCCCCCGCCCCCAUCCCCCGGUAACGAUCGAUCGGACACGCGACAUCCGAGUCCCGCCGAGUCGAUCGCGACGAUUUUUCUCGUAGUUUUAUACGCGCGCGUCUUUUCCGCACGUCCGGCGGCCCGGCGGCUUUGGUCGCGGGUUAGGCGAGGUCGCGGGCGUCCGUACGAGGUCAAGGUUUCGCGACCUAUCGUACCCACUUGUCUACAGGCACGCCGCCGCGGUCGCCGGCGAAUCGAAAACGCGCGGGGGCGCGGGGCGCAGAAAAAAAAAAACAUCGCGGGAGUCGUCGGAACUCGCGCGCCCGCACGCACACACGGGCGCGACGCGACGCGUGCGGGCGCAUUCGGAGUCGUCGCCGCCGUCGCCGGUGCGCGCCGCGCGUUUAUUAAUAAGCGUAGAUAGUAACCGACCGGUCUAUUUAUAUAAACGGCCAAAUUACUCGGCGCAGGGCCGCGGCCGAGCGCAUCUGAGCUCUGCCCGUCGCCGCGGCCGCCGUAAUGUUUUUCCCCGUGCGGCGGCGGCUUUUCCGUUUUUACGACACGCAGAUGUGUUUACGUGUCGUCCGUGCGGCGGCGGCGGCGGCGGCGUGUUUGUACAACACGUACGCCGAAACGCGCGCGACGUUAAUGCGUUUGCGGCGGCGCGGAUGACGUGUAUUUUAUACGAUCAUAUGCAAAGUCACAAACGCCGUAUUAUUAUUAUCAUUUUUUUUUUUUUUUCCCCGGAGGUUCCGGUAGGGUUACCCGUCGCGACGUUAUUUCGCCCGUCAUCGCGCCGGUUUUUCGAUGCGGUUUCCAUUAUCGCCGUCGCGGCCCGUCGAUCCGGUCGGUUUUUUCUCGUUCCGAGAAAUCGAACGGUUAUCCUCGUGACGUUUUUCUAUUUUUGCUCCCAUUAUGCGUGUAACGCGAACGGUAUUACAGCUCGCCGUGUCCGGCCGCGUGAGUCACCGACGGUACUGCGUUAUAGUAAAAUAUUCAACACUGCGGCUAUUUUCGCGCGUAUUCUAUGAACGCGGACGGUAAUAGUAUUACUGUCGGUGCGCCGCGGGGAACCCGCCAACUCGCCAACCCCCGAAGACGAUAAUAACAAUAAUAAUAAAUAAUGCUGUAAGCCCGCGACAAUUCGACGCGAAUUAAUCCGACCGCGAUAAGAGCGAGGAAGCGAGCGAUAAAGAGAGCUAGGUUUCUGUGCGGCGGUGCCGUUUAACGCGUGGCCUUUGUAGCGUUUGCCCGACGUAGCUCGCGCACGUUAUUGCGUUACGUACGGGUAUUGCGUAAGGAAUAACGGCGGCACCGCGAUCACCACCAGCACGCGUAAUGUUAUUCCGUUUCCUUUGUCUUACGAACGCGGCGAAUCCGUGUUCAGCAGAGUGGAUUUCGCUCUGCUCUCGGUUUCAAUAUCUUUGGCGCCGAUCGUUCGAAACGCCCAUGUAUAACCCAUCGGGCCGUAUUAUUCGCGGGUCGCGGGACGGUCGUGUAGUUGCUAUAGGCGCUAUCGCUAGGGGCCAGUGGCGUACCGCUGCGGUGGCACGGCGGGCAACGGCCCACGGGCCGAGGGUAUCCCCCCCACGUCUUCAUUUAUAUGCGCCCCCGACGUUCGGAAGACGGAGCCGAUGAAAAGCGCAACGUCGCCCGCUCUCGGUGUCGCACACGACCGAUUCUCGUCCGGGGCCAGUGUUGGUCCGUGUCGUUUGGCGAUUUUCGACAAUUUCCGCGCGGUGUUCAACCGCGGACGGACGGAAAACAUUUUUUUUUCGGGGGGGGUUUUCAUUUUUUCGCCGUCACAAACAAACCGAACAUCGCGUAAUGCGACGACGUGUGUUUCGCACUCCGACGACGACGCCCAGAUGCCCAGACCUCUGAACGGCACCGUCCGACCCGCGGCUGUUACGCGACACCAAAAUUAUCGACGCGUCGGGCCAGGAGGCGGCCACCCGUGUACCCGGACAAUGUCAGAAGGCGUUCGUAAAUUUCGCGUCCGGACCAUAUUUACGAUUAUAUACGCAAUAUUCGCGGAAAUUUCGCGUGUUAUUCGCACCACGGCGACGGCGUUUCGGACACGCGCGAACCGACCGCGAGAAUAACAAACGUUCUAUCAUUUCACGCCGGCCACCGGGACAGAUAUAAAUCCCCGGACGCGACACGGUUGAAAAUAAUAGUUCGAACAUUCGUAGAAUAAAAAAAAGACGGACAAACUCCGCCGCGUGGAUGGGCGUAAUGUCGUUGGCGAGGAGUUGGGAAGGUAGAGGGGAAAUUGAAUGUGUAUAUCUGUACGCAACGAUAAAGCCGUUGCUAACGAAAAACGAUUCCGAGCGGAGUCAGUUAAUAGUGUUGCUUUGUCAACAAUACCAUGUCUAUGUCACGUUAUGGUAAAAUAAUUACAUACCUAUACGAUAUGAAUUUCCUUUAAUCAUAUUUAAUAUUGUUUCUGUUUUCCCGUUUUUACCAUGAUAUCCCAUUUAUCGAGUAGACUCCCGGAAGAAUUAAAAAAUAUACCUCUUUUUAAAGUGCCAUCACCCUAUAGUGCGAUUUCCUUUCAGAAAAAGCGCUGUAUUUGAAAAUCGGAGCAAAAUUGAUAAUAUAAUAAACAUCGUUAUAAAACCAAUACAUUCUUCGAUCCGCUCAGAAUCUAAACAUUAGAGAUCGAAACUUUUUAUAUUAUAAUCGAUUGUUCAGUUACCGGACUGGAUAGAAUUUAUUCUUUCACCCCCGGAUUCGUGGUUUGGUUUAAGGGCCCCGUCAAAAAAUCAUCCCCGGGUCCCGAAAUUCUCGAGUGUUGGGGCUCUGGCUGUGCUGUGCUGCUGAUAGUUUACGAGUCGGGAUAGUCGUAACGCCGGCGCGCAACUCAAAGCCGGGCGAGUUACGCGAUUGUUUGUUUUAACUGUUUAAAUUGUUAUAUAAAAAAAAAAAAAAUAACCAAACCGAGUCAAUUUCAAUUCUAAUCUACGAGUUUUUAGUAACUACAUACUGUAUUGAGUUGAGUUACGUAUGUUUGGGAAAAUUAUAGCUCCAGUCCAGUGUUAAAAGUUCAUUUUUUAAAAUUAUCACUCUUAAUUAAUCACUGAUAAACGUAUUUCGUACUCGAAUAUAUUUUAUGCUUUCGCAAGACUCGUGUAGAUUUUUAUCGCUGGGUAAACGACCUAUAGGUACACGGGUAUUUUUUUUAUACACAAAAGCACCAAAAAUACCAUAACUAAGUUAGGACAAAAUUGUUUAUUAAAAAUAAUUAAUUAUAACAACGUUAUUUUCCGACAUUUUUUUUUUUUUUAACUAGUUAAUAUCAUCAUAAAUACAAUUAUAGUUAACUUUUUACUAUAGUUACUGUUCGCAGCUUUAAUAGAAUUUCACGAUACAAAUUAACGUUGACAAAAAAAAAAAAAAAAAAAAUUAAUUUNACAUUUUUUUUUUUUUAACUAGUUAAUAUCAUCAUAAAUACAAUUAUAGUUAACUUUUUACUAUAGUUACUUAUAGUUACUGUUCGCAGCUUUAAUCAAAUUUCACGAUACAAAUUAAUACAAAUUAACGUUGACAAAAAAAAAAAAAUUAAUUUCUCGUUGAUUUUCGUCAUAUUUCAUUGUUUACAUACUUUUUUAUCUGUACACCUGCGUAUUUUCGAUUGAAAACAAAUUUAAUUCUAUAUCGGGCGCUGGACCAGCUCUGAAACGAUAAUAGUUUUGAAAACUGCUGAUAGGUACUUUUCUGGGUACUUUAGAUUUUUCAAUACCAUUGCUUUUGACGCGUCCGUUCGAGUCAAUUUUUAAUUUUCGUUUUUAACAUUAUAUAGGUAGGUAUAUACACCUAUUGUAAGAAUGAUUAAAAAACUUUUAAAAUUGCGUUUUUUUUUUUCAAACAGAAAUUACCAAGGAAAUAACCAGAGAAAUAACUAAUUAACUAAAAAAUAAUUUAAAAGUUACGCCACCAGCGAUGCCUUAUUUAUAAACGUUACGGAGAACUGGAAUGGGGGCCGGCUUUUUUUUUUUCAAAAUUAAAAUCGGAGUUUUUUUAUGCGAACAUAAAACAAAUAGAGCCGCGUCUUGAAGUGAAAUUCAAACUUUUUCAGCAAAAAAUAUUUGAUCCGGAUUUCCUCCGCUCUUCCUAGUUUCACGACAGGGCAUUUUUUUUAACGAUUACCCACUGCUUGUCCACUCCCUUUCUUAAAAAAAAAAAAAAAAAAAAAAAACUUCACGAGCAGAUAGACCAAUCCGUCUACCUAACUUUUGGACUUUCUUGUGUUAUCCCUCUCUCCGCCGUCGAGAGUACUCUCCAUCUAUCCGUUUAACCGUUAAACGUUUAAUGUCUAAUGGGCGCACGCAGUAUUGAAGCAAAAUGGACUUGAACUGCAGUGUGACGGUAAUUUGGACACGGGAAACCUUGUUUAAAAAAAACGCUUUACGCGUAUAUAAAGUCAAGGGCGUACGUGUUCAAAAAUCUAAGGAGCGGCGGGACAAGGUAUCGUUUUCGAUUCUAUUUUACAACGACAUUGAUCUUUUUCGUUAAACCGUAAUCGUGUUCAAUGACGGGUACGGAACGUCCGGACGGGCGAGACAUGUCUCUGCCUUGCGCACAGUGGCGCAUCGAAGUAUUUUCACCUCGAAUUACCGAUACGAUUUCCACUCAGUCCAGCCCAAAAAUACCCUUACUGCACCGCGAAUGUAUUGUGGAAUUUGUUAAAUUUCAAUGAAAUUCGUCAAAUUUAUCAAAUUUCCGCUGUCUAAAAAUCUUUUAUUGACGACUCGUGUUGUGGAAACGUAAUCAUUUUUCUCCAUAUCCCCGGACAUCCACCCACACGGUUUUUUUGUCCGGUUUUUUGCGGUCCGCGCGAUUCGAACGUGCCUCCUUCGAGACGCGCCCCUGCCUUGCAUACCCCCUUCAUCCCGACGCGAGCUACGGCGUUACGUGUCGUUUUCGACGCGAUUAUUUUCGGAACACGCACCGUUAUCCCGUUAUUGAACGUCGAGGAGGAGUCUGGAGGAAUUUCUCGACGGUUUGAAAACAGUUGGCGUACGGACACAGCUCGUGUCUGUCCGUAUACGGGGGGGUGGAGGGGGAUCGCGUUAUAUUCACGGUUCUCGUUCUCGGUUUGCCGGUCCGGACGACGGCGUUUUUCGUCUCGUGAUAUUAUUAAUAAUAAUAAUAAUUUCGGUAUGACUCACAAGUGGAAAAAAAAAAAAAAAACACAAACCACAAAACCGUGCCUAUAUAUACGAUCAAUUUCCAUUCAAACGGCCGUCCUUGAGCCGCGCCGCGGAUUAAAUUCGGCGGCGCGUUAUUAUUAUUUCGCGAACAACGAAAUCUCGUUGCACAGUGUACAAUAGAGGUAGGUACCUAGGUACCUAGGUAUAAAAUACAAGAUAACCGCGGUAGGAGGGAGGUGUAUGCGUGUACGACGCAUUAGUCACUUCGCGUAAUUGUUCCUCGGUGUGCGCCGGGAUUACGCGGCACACCGUGACCGCAAGAAGAGAACGAGAAAAAAUAAUAAUAACAAUAAUAAUAAUAAUAAAAAAAAAACCCGUCGAGGUUGUUACGGCCGUCGGUGUCCGAUCGUUCGGCGGACGUCAUUACCAUUGUCGAAUCGCGAAAUCCGCAAUAUUUCUAUUUGUUGCGCCCGCGUCGUCCAUUUGCGUGGGCAAAUCGCGUUUUCAUUGCCGCCGUCGCACUCGUCCGGUUACGGAGCCCGCCGUUAAUAAAAGCGCCCGUCGCCCGCACUCGCCGGCCGCCGAAACGGACGUAAAAAUACAUUCGCGAAUAAUUUGUGAAUCACGGCGCGUCUCGCGGGUAAAACGAUACGCGCAUUGCCAUAGGCGCGGCUCCCCGAGCAUUGCGUUAUCGUUGUUUGUUUUGGUUUUGGUUUUUUUUUUUUAUUUCUCCAUUCUCCGUCGACGAUCGUCUCCCGUAACAAUCGUUUCUGUACGCCGCGUGGGAAUACGAUAGUUGAGGAGAGAGAGAGAGAGGAAAAAAAAUAAAAAAAUAUAACAACACCAUCCCGAUUCGAUUGUUGUACGACGGACGCGCAACCGGCCCACGCGUCCAGGAGAGCUGGUAUACCCGCGCAGCAUCCGCCGUCGCGUUUACGGCGAUAUUCGCCCCCGCAAACACACAACACCCGAAUAAUUAACGGCGGCGAGUGUAACAUUACAGAACGGGUACGAUAACAUCAUGACAUUGCGGUAUCGUACGGGGCGAUUGUCCGCGAACGCGAAUCCGGGCAGUGCGGUCGUCGAAUCCCGAACGCGGCGUGCAAUACGCGUCGAGGACGUUACCACUCCUCCCCCCCCUCCCUCCUCCCCAUCUACCGUCUCGGUCAGACGCGCGCGAAAACAACGCUAGCGCAGUACAUGGCAAAACCGGCUCGGAUUCGAUUUCAUAGUGAAAGUACUUGUGUGUAUCAUUGAAAUAGGGAAUGUCAGACGGCGAACGCGGCUAUCGAUGUAAAAGACGCGAAAACCUUUAUUUUUUUUUUUUUCUGUUUGUUUUUCGAAUCACUGUACAUUUUUUGAAAAAAGUUCAUAAUUCGAAAAACAAACACCCAUGCCAUUCCCUUCGAAAUAUUCUGGUCUUUAUUAAACGUAUAAUAGGUACUUUUACUCGAAAAUCAAAAUCAAACUAGUUUUACUUACAGUCUGCGUAAGCGUUGUUUCUGCGUGUUACUCGGUAGUCGGACUUGGACGGUAGAUGCGGGUGUAACGUCCCUCUUAAUGUGCGCGGUUCGAUUUUCGUUUCUGUCUACAAACGAGUUUUCUCUUACCGUGGAAAUCUUAUUACUCCGAUCAAAAAAAAAAAAAAAAAAAUAAUAAAAAAUACGACACUACGAAUGUUCCGUAGCGUUUCGGAUCUGUAUUCAAGUCGGCGCCUCAGAGGGUCGUGUUUUGUUUUUCUCGAUAAUGGGAAAUUACCGGGAAAAAGUAUAGAGAAAAUAGGGAAGUUUACGGCUGUUUUUUUAAUAUUAUUUUAUUUUUUUUUUUAUUUCGGUUGAAAACAAUUGAAAUUUUCACAGAAUAACUGUGUGUGCGCCGUUUUCUAGACGUGGCGAAAUUCUCAAAAACAUUAUAUUCAUAAGUACUUCACAGUUUCUAGUUUUGUUUAGCUAUUUUAUUCGGAUACAAUAUUGUUUUCUCCGAAGGGAAUAUUGUUGUGUGUUUCAACACAACGUCCAUUGUAAGUCGCCCUUAAUGGUACAAUGAGGAAAACGAGUUGAGCGUAAUGAAGUAGUUUUUUUUUUACGUAAAGGUUAAGGGCCGUUUCAAACAAUAUAUAGUUUAACCGAACUUUGUUCAGAAUCGUAUUCCGUCGGCAAUGGGUUAUCGUUCCGUAAGCAUAUGCAGAUAUAAAUUAAACGACUUUGUAUGUAUCCCCUGCAAACGAACAAUAUAAUAAUAUCUUAUUUUCUCAACUUUCCACCUUUCCAACAGCGGCACAUUCAUCAGCACUAUCGGCUCCCUUUCCUCCGCUCCCCCUCCCCUCGCCUCCCAGUCGUUAAUCAUUAGGCGCGUUUUGACGAUGCAGUUUUCGGUAAUCAGUUCGCCGCAUCAAUUGUAUCGCUACCCGGUCGCAGUACCGUCCAGAAAGUUUUGUUUAUACUGUACCGUAUUUUACGGACGGUCAAUCUGCAGUGUUGCAGUUACCGGAGACGGUAACCGAAGUUUUUAAUUGUUUGCCGAUCACGGCGACCCGGAUGUCGGAAAGCGCAUUCAGUUAUCAAACGACGAUCGCAGGAAACGAUAUCGCCCCGAACGGUUUGUAUUCGUUAAAUCCCGUAGCGAGCAACCUGCAGUCUGCUCAAAACUGCACCGCCUGCGAAACACGCCCGUUACAGAAUAUAUCGUUUAAAACACGAUAACGAGAACCGUUUGCCACUUUAUUAUUCUCCCGACAUUCAACGGGACACCGCGGUGUUUUCACCGAGUAUUGAUCUAAAGCAAUUUUCGUGUGUGUGUGUGUGUUUUUUUUUUUUAUUCGUCGUAUAUUUCCACUUGAUUUUCCAAAAGCGACCCGCGUUUCCGGAAGUUUCGAACACGUUAACGACGGAUACACCGCGACCGUUGAAAAGAAAAAAAAAACAAAAUCAAAACCGAAUCGAAUUUACUCCGUUAUAACAGUGCAAUUAUCGACGCUCGUCGCCCGUUGAUCGAUAAAACAACGUCGCCCUGUACACCGCCCCGCACGCGCGCGUAUGUAUUACUGUCCACGACUGUACGGCGACGAUAACGAUCAUUGAGAGUUUUGCCGGGCGGCGGGCACGUCGCGGCGCCGUAUUACGCUGCGCUCAUGUCCGCGCGACGCCGGUCCGUAAUAACGACAACAAUAAUCACGCGGGGGGGGGGGGUGGUUCACCUGGCCCCGUGCUGCCCGGCGGGAUAAACUUUGCGCCCGCUCGGAUUAUAAGGGCGGGCGCGCCGCGCAAUAAGAUCCGUCCGCCGGGGCCGCGGGCCCGUUUAUUAAAUCGCGUUGCCGGUCGUUCGCGAGCGCCUCUGCCCGUGCACGGUCUGGGGUGCGGGAGGUGGGAGGCGACCACACACGCAGUACAAUUGCAGAACACAAAGCUGAGCAAAAAAGACAAUCCCGCAUAAAACGGGACGUAUGGCCGUUCUAUUUUAAAACACCUGUUGUCGAGUUGAAAUGGGACACUAUUACGGAGGGCAAGACGACCAUGCGUUUUAUUCCUAUUAUUCCGGUUGUAACGUUCAAUGCAUCGUUUGAACGAGACCUAAUUAUCGUUUUUUUUUAAUUUUUUUAAUAUUUUUUUCUAAAUGACUGUAACAUAUAAAAGAAAAAAAAACAAUCGCGCCGUCUUUUGACCCCUCCGGAACGUUGUCCGCUUUUGGUUUCGCAACGGGCGCUUUUACUGCCACAACCGGAAUUCCGGAGCGAGUUCUGCCAGAGAGAUUUUUUUCUCUGGAGACAGAUUUUGCCAGACGUCGCCCGUUGGUUAGGUCGGGUUUGGUUGGUCGGCGCACACGACGCGCGGGUACGGCCAAUGGGCAAAUCACUGAUCAAUACCGUGUACGCCGGACGCCAGAAUACCAUGACGUUGCCGGUAAUUGCCGGGAUUUUUUUUUUUUUUUUACGGGAUUUUCUGUAAGAUCGCCAAACAUUCGUUGUACGCCGAUUUCCGUCAGUGAUUUACCGCCCUCCGGGUAUAAUAAUAAUAAUAUAGCGUCGCCUCUUAAACGCGAUCGAAACGUACGGACGGCGAUAAAUUAAAAUAAGCGUUCAGAUUCCCAGUGUUCGGGGGCGCGAACGCGCGUUCGUAUAUUAACUACUACGACAGUAAUAAUUGCGGCGUCUUUUUUUUUGGUAUGUUUUGUUUUCGACAAAACGGUUUUCGUGCGUAACUCGUUUAACGAAAAAUAACGUCCCGUAUCGUUUUUAUUUCCUCUCGGCGUUCUCACUCACCCUCGAAAACGGGGGGGAAAAAAAAACAAACCACGGCCCCGCAUUAAACCCGGACGCGUUCCAUUCUUCGUUUGUCGUCUGCGCGACGCCGCGUUUACGACGCGUUUGCGGCGUCCGUUUGAACGUUCCCGGUUCGCGCCGUGCGGAAAUGUCACACGGCAAUGCAUAAUAAUUGAAGCUCUUGCGGUUGAAAUAUCGAUACACGUCGUGCCGACGGCGUCUCGGCGACGGGCUGAAACGACGGCGUUCUGAAACCGCUCCCGAGAGCGGUACGUUACCGCGACGGUCGCGGAACAAAAAUUUGUUGGCGAUUUCCGAAUUUCGAAAAAAUUCGAAAACAGAAAAACCGGCAACGUUGAUAUCGACCGCGGGGAAAUCGCCACGAUAUGUUAUACAUGAAACGUACCAAAUACGCGAUGAGAGUUUCGGCGAACAUUUCGGAUUGUUUUCGACCGAACCGCAAUACGGAAUAAUAAACAAAAUUGAAAAUAACGAAACCUUCGUAAGUUUUCCGGUUUUCUUACGUUUUUUUUUCUGAUCCCCCCCCCCAAAAUAUCGGAAAAACUACACGGAAAGUCGAAGAACGACUUCCCGGACGUAUCGACAGGACACGAUUCGCGCUCAGCACGGAUGCUCGACGGUCGGAGCGAGAUUUCUGUGGAAAAGUCGUGAAAAGACACGCACAAAAAAAAAAAAAAACUCCGCACGCAUCAUCGUAAUAUUGUACAGUGAAAUCGAUACGUUCCGUACGCGCUCGGCGUCCAGAAAUCGUUUUAGUUUUUGGUUAUUUCAUGGGCUUUUUCUCGGGGGCUAAUCGAAUUUGCGCCAUCGUUUUUACGUUUUAUAGAAAAAAAAAAUCAAUCCACACCCGUAAUACCUAUUUUAUUAUUAUUGUUCGCGAUAACGACGACGGCGGCGCGUCAUUUUAUAUUUAUCGAGUGUGAACGUCUUUUUUUCCGGCCCCGGCGAACCGCAUAACCGCCGCCGCCGCCGUCUGCGAAACCGUCGGGCCGUAACAAAACAUUAUAAUAAUAAAAGUACCCGGCGAUAUUUUCGACGCGAUUAUUGUUGUGCGCGGGUCGCCGUAUCACUCGGAUCCGAUUGUACACAGUUCGUACACAAACGACGUUUAUCGUAUACCGAACACACCCUCCCCCCCUUCCCCCUGCCUCCCCCCCCCGGUAUUCUUUGCCCGGACGAUUUAGCCGGGGUUUCGUAUUUUUCGCUUUGACGAGCAUCCGAAACGGAACGUGGUAUUUCCCCUCUCUCCGCUAGCCCCCUCUCGCCUUUAUCGAUAUUUCCGCGGACCCGGAGACGCGUAUUCACCGCGGCCACCGUCGCCCGUUCGUAAGAACAAAUUUUUCCAAAAAAUUUUCUCUACACUGGAAUUUCGAGUCGCGCGUCUCCGCAACUCCUCAAAACAUAAUUUUUUUUCGGGAGCAGUUUAAGCGUGGCCCCUUUCAUGUCAGGAAAUCGGACUGGGGAGGUACCCUAGAACGUGGAAAAACGUAAAACAAACGGGAAAAUUGGUACAACAUUAAACACAUUUUAUUAAAGAAUAUAUAUAAUGUCCAUUCAAUUAUUUCACCAUAAUAUGACACAUAUAUUGUUGAAAAAGUUUCAAUAUCAACUGAACUUCACCCAGAGUCGUCUUUUCGCUAGCAACGGUUUAUCGUUGCGUAAUUAUUUCGAUUUCAGGAGUUUCGUAUCACCGUAUAUGGCAACACCGCGGUUACCGGAUGCUAUUCGUCCGUUGACUUCACCGUGCAUAUUAAAAGAUUAUGACGCCUUCUUGAAACGUUACACGCUCGCGUGUGACGUCUUUCCCCUGCCCCUCCCCUAUAAAAUACGUCCCCGUGUAUAUUGACUUUAAAACUCCGUAUAGGCACGUAUAACGCCUAUUAUUAUUGUUCGUCUGCAGAGAAUACGCGCAUUAUGCAUAGUGUUAAAAAUGCACGAUACAUACAUAAUAUAUAUACAUACCGUGUUCGUUUUACGGCGACCUAUCGUGAAAAGGUGCGUAAUCACCGAGACGUAGUUCUUUUGAAAGAAGGAGAAGAAAAAAAAAAAAAAAUACUAAAAAUGGUUCGUGGCCGUCCUACGCCUUGACGAUGAGUCAUACGCGUGGUAUGCGAGACUAUAGCCGCCGCCGUCGCUGUCGUGCACGAGUUCAAAACGAUUCUCUGACCUAACCGAUACGAAUAGGAUAACGAAUCUUUUUUAGAUUCUGCUGAUGGAAUGCGCAUCGGUGUUUACUAUGGUGUGCGAUUUUUUUUUCCUGACACGAUACCGACCAGAAGACUUAAUCGUAUAGGGUUUUCUCGUAGAAUUCCGAAUACCGGGUCGUCUGGCGCGUUGAAUAGGUAGUAGGCCAUUUUUCUCCCGACAUCGCUCAUACUGGAGAAGCACAACCCCCAUCCCUUUAAAAAGAAAAAAUCCGGGAAUAUUAUCAACACACCGCCGGGUUUUCGUUAAAGUCGAUUGUUAUUAUUUUUUUUUUUUCAAUAAAUCACGACCGGCAAUAAUUUUCAUUGACAAUAGCGUUAUAUUAUUUUUACAGCGACGCGAUCCUAAUUUCCAAAAUAUUUUAUAAAUGUCUUUUCGUUUUCGAUUUAUGUGUCGGAUGCUCGAACAUAGUCAACACAAACCACAUAAAUAUGACCGGGAUAGGAGAAAUCCGACACGAUAAGUGUACGAAAUUCGAACGUCACUGCCCCCGCACGGUAUAUUUUUUUCUCCCCGAAUAUGCGGACGUCGUCGUCGACACGAAACGUUAAAAAUCCGUUCAAAACAACGCGACCGCCGUGCAGACGGUUCGGCCGUCGACUUUUGUACGACGUUUCUAUUUUUAAUCGGACCGCAUGCAGACCCUCCCUUUUUUCCCCACCGCUGGUACAUAACGACGUUAAAUCACGCGGUACAGCCUGUAGUCGCACGAGUGCUACAGACGCUCAUCUCAUCAUCGUUUAUUAUACGCCCAUUCGAAAUAACGUUUCCGGUUUUAUCGUUUCCACGUAGACGCGGACGCUAUCAGUUAAAUCUAGUCGGUUUUUUUUUUUUUUUUUAAGUUUACGUAAUUCGGUUCAUUACGAGCAAAGAUCACCGCUAUGAUUUUCAAUAAUAAUCGUUACGAAUACACCGAUAUCGAGUGUCUAUUUUAAUUUGUUCUCAAAGUCCACUCGUCGUAAGUAAUCGUAUAGAAUACAACGACUUAUUUAGUCAUCCGGUCUUCAAACGUAUAUGUAUUUCAUCCAAGUUACAAGGAAACAAUUUCGUUUAUCGGCUGAAAAGUGACUGUUUUGAUGAAUUUCCGUACUCACGGUUUUAAAUUCCCGGGCACGUCACUGUUGACGUAUUCAUUUAAUUUAAUCACUUAUCGCGUUUGAGUUGUUUCGAUAUUUUACACAACUUGUAGCGGUUUUUUUUUAUAGGGAAAUAAAAAACAACGCUAUAAAAUAACAGGUUAAUCGUGUUAGUCAUGGUUAUUAUUGCAUAGGUACUACACCGAUACAAGUGCAUUGUAAACUGAUAAUGAAAUCUAUUAGUGAUUAAUGACCAACUAUUACUGAUUGCAAUAAUCUGCCAAAGUACGAACAUACCGUUAUCGAUUAAGUAACCAUAGGUAUACCUAAUUUAUGUCGAUAGUUAUAUUACCUAUAUAUUAUUAUCACAUUAGUUUGCAUAAUUUAUGCAAAUUUAUUUUUAAAUGAGAACUCUGCAGAUGACAACUGUUAUGCGUGGGCGGGCCAAUAAGAGUUCACCCCGGGCCGUGAUGACGAUUAUACGACACAUUUUCCUCUCCCCUCUCCCUUGUAAAAUAAAAGUAUCAACUAUUAAAUUUUGAAUUUUAUAUACCACCGAUUGACGGCCCAGGAUCACGAUAGACAAAAUAUUAUCGACUUUUCUACUGCGAAAUGAUACGUCUUAUUCAAUGUGGUUUUUGUUUUUUACCUCUACAUAUAUUCACACCCGACGUGGUUCUUCAAUCACUAAAGAUUUUGGGUUUACGCGUUUUGAAAUCAGGACAUUAACUUCCUUGGAUCAGUAUAGCCAGGUUUAGAGCUUUGGACGAGAUUUUCGUGUUUCUAAGUUUGUAUCCCGGGACUUCGAUUUUUUGUCCGGUUUUUUUUUCUUAUCAACCGGGUAAAACUUCGUGCAUAGAGACAUUUACAAUUUUGACCAUCCCGAUAGAAAUAAUUUACACGUGAUAAUUUUGAAUUUAAUCAAUACCUAUUCAUACCUACUUGCACUAUUCAGCUAUUAUUGCAUAUUUAAUCAUUAGAUAUCAUUUUUAUAUCGACGUAAUGCAUUUGAUUCAAUAAAUUGUUUCACGUGCUGAUAGCUGAUUACAAUCGUAGAAUACUCGUGAUUACCUUUAGAAAAUUAAAACGGAACGACAUCUCGGGAAAUUAAUACAUUAUUUACAACGAACAUUUUUUUCAAAUUUUAGUAUCCAUCAUUACAUUGUACAUCAUUCAAAUCUGUAACAAAUUUGGAAACAAAUAUACCUAUAUAGUUAUAUGUAUAUAUUAUAAUUCUCCUUUAAUUUUGCGUGUUUGGGUCAUUUUUGUCUGGAAACGACUUACUCAAAAAUUGAUUAUAAAAUAGUUUGGGACACAAUUAUUCGUAUAUGCACCGAAUUAAAUUUAGUAAAAACGAAAUAAUAUUCGAUUUUACUUCAAUUUUUAUAUAUUUUAUACUCUAAAGUUAAAAUCAUGUGUCAAGUUGGCUCAUACUCUUUUUUAAGUCUUUUAUUAACUGUUAGCUUUAGAAUAAAAAUAAAAAUUGUAUACAUUUAAUAAGUAUUGUGUUUCAACUAAUGAUAGUCGUAUUUUAAUUUUCCGAUUAUUUACGCUUUAAAAUUGAACAUUGUAUCUCAGUUGCUUAGUUAAUUUUAUUUUUGUGAACAUUUCAAUAAUUGUUCUACAUUCAUAAAUAUUUUUCAUAUAAUAUCUAAACAUAAAAAUGUAUAUGUAUAAAAAAAAAAAAAACAAUAAUAGUUAACUGAAUAGAAAUUAUUAUGUUCUGGCGUAUUUCCAAUGUUAGUCAUAUGGUAGUUUUCAAAGUUAUUGUUAAAGUUAAGAAUAAUUUGUAAAUUUAUAACAUGCAGUACCGUAGUAAAUGCCUAAACACUUGAGAUUUUUGGCACAUGUUGUACUCGCCUAUAUGGUGUACUCUUGCCGACGUGCUUACAAUUAUUAUUUUAAAAAUCUAGUCGUUAAAAUAUUUCUGAUCAAAAAUAAAUAAAAUCUAAUGUUUUGUAUUUUUAUUUUUAGGUCUCCACAGAAUCGAUCCAAGACGGUUCGUCCUGCCCUAAGGAUCAACCCGAAGAAUCGGCGGAUAUAAUUCCACCUGUUGAGGAGGACAAAGAUGAUGGUGCGAUUUUAGAUGAAGACGAGGAAGAAAUCGAAGAAAUUUUCGACGAUGAAGAAGAACAAGAUGAAGACGAAGAUGAAGAUGAAAAAGUAGAAAUUGACGAUGUUGAAAAGAAAGAAUUGGACAUACCCAAAAAACCGGAAGAUAAAAUUAUUAAAAAUGACGUACCUUCCAAACCAAGUGAUCCGACCAAUAAAGUUGAAGAGGUCAAAGUCGCGGAUGUGCCCAAAAUUAAAGACAGUAUUGAAAUUAAAAAAUCCGAAUUACCAAAAGUAAAUGACGUCGAAAUAAAUGAUCAGAGCAAGUCUAAAUCGGAAAGUGACGAGAAAAAAGAAAAUGUGAAAGUGGCGAAAGAAGAAGCUCCCAAAUUAAAGCCUGAAAUCCCAAUAAAAGAAAGUUCUAAAGUAAUCCCGGAUGCAAAGGAUACCACUAAGCCCGAAUUAGAAAUUAAAGAAAAGGAACCGUCUAAAGGCAUUCCGAAGGAAGACCCUUCCGAAUCGAAACCUGAAUUCGAAAUCAUAGAAAGGGAACAACCCACUAAAGUGAUUCCAAAUAAAGAUUCUACUGAAUUAAAACCAGAGUUCGAAAUUAUAGAGAAAGAAGGUCUGAAAUUGGUGCCGGAAAAAGACUUAAAAUCGAAACCGACCGAAACCAAAAAGGAAGAAGAAGCUCCCAAACCGGUGGAAAAAGACGCGCCGAAGCCGAAGGAUGACGUUAAACCGUCGCCAGCUCAUGUGAAAUUCGAAGAUAAAAUCGAGGAGAAGGAUGACGUUAAGCCAGUGGUUCCGCCGGCAAGCGGUGCCGAAGUGAAAGGCCCAGAGAAGCCCAAAAAAGUGACGGACAACGAUGACAGUUCCCAGUUCGUUGUGUUGGAAAAAGGCGAAGCGCCGGCCGCACCCGACAGCACCACCGCCGGCGGCGACGGACCGAAAAAGACUGGAAACGUGAUCGAUUCGUUUUUGUUAGGUGAACAGACGCACAGUAGUCACCUCCUUCACCAUCCGGAAUCCAUCCAAGAUCAACAACUGUAAGUCGUCGGGGCUUUUAGCGUUUAACCAUCUGGCAGCGUGUUGUAGUUGACAUAAUAAUAAUAUAUGUUGAAAAUGCUGUUAAAAAAACCGCUACGCGAAAAGUUGUUUUUUUUUUUUUUUAAACUUUAAAUAUAUAGUUGUCAAUUUUACAAUAAUAAAUAUAUUUUUUCCUAAUUACGUACCUAUAUAUAUAUAUAAAUAAUAUAAUAAUAAUAUUAAUAUAAUAUGUUGUUGAAAGAAAAGAUUCAAAUUAUAUUCAUGUAAAACAAAUUGAAAAUUAAAACUUGACGAAUUAUAUUAUUAUUAUUAUAAAUUAUGUUUUUAAUCGAUAUGAAUAAUAUUUUAUUUUUAUUUUUUUAGUAUUUAAUUCAUAACUUUGGAGUGUUGUUUGAAAUUUAGUUUUAUUUAACAGUUUAAUAUUAUUAUAAUAAUUUAAUAUAAUCAGAUUUGAUGAUCUGGUCGAUUUUAUCACUUAUUUCGUUUUCGUUUUAUUUAAUUGGAUAUUGCAGCUGGUCGUCAACAAAAUAAUAGGAGGCCACGCACAUUAUUAAUCACCGUUGCCGACGAAAUAUUAGAAUAUAAUUUUGUAUUAAGGUUCUAUUAGUGUACCUAUAUUAUCGUACAGCCACGCGACUUGUUUUUGCCCCAUAGUGUGACCUACCCGAUGUAGUGACAUUUUCGAUUUCCCCCUCCUUUAUUUUCACAAAUCGCGUUGUUUUUCAAUGACCAAAGGUUUUAUACGUUUUCACUUAUUGCAUAUUCAUUGCCUUGGAGCCGUGUACACGAUUUGGACGAGGGUUAUUUUUUUUUCAAACGUUGGUGUUCAAACGGCGACCACGGUUCUCUUCAUUAUUCUGAAAACUGCAUUGGAAUCUUGAUUCAGCGGCAGUAGUUUGUUGUACGAAAAUAAGGGGGACAGUCAUGCAUCCGGACCGUACAUAACUAGCGUAUUGUUUUCGACGACGGCGCACUAACGAACAUUUCAAUCGAUUAAAUAUUAUGCGUGGCGUUUAAUGAUCUAAACAAGUUAGCGCGCGAUGGUGGCCCCUCACGAUAAACGAUAUCAGCGCUGCCUGCUGUUGAACUUAGAUCCCAGUACUACCAGGUCUGUUCAGAAACAAACCUAUUCUACCAGCACCAGAACGGUACCUGACGUUUUAUUAAUUACAUUAUUAUAUAAUGCAAAUUGUAUAUAGAUUUACAGAAUUCAUAUAAAUACUUAUAAAAUAUGAUCGUUAUAUUAGAUAGUAUUACAACACGCAACUUCCGUUGGUCAUUAUUAUAUUUAUUAGAGAAGUCCGAUUUUUACGAUGCAACACAAACUACAUUAUAUUAUUAUUAAUUAAUUAAUUGAUAAUUGGAUAACCAAAAAAAAAAAAAAAAAAAAAACGAGGACAGCUGCUGCAGUCUUUGUUUGAAUUUGGCUAAAGUAACACAUUUCUUAGUGGAAAAAUUGCAAAAAGUGCUUCUAUAUUACCACCAGACUAAAAAUAAACACUUAAUAUAAUAAUAUUACAUACGUCGCACAAUAUGCAAGACGACGUAUUCGGACGUCUCUGACCGCGGUCGAACCGCUUUUUCCAAGACGUUUCGAAACUAUAGAAAAAUUCAAAUUUUAUAGACCAUUGAGUAUCUACUCUAUCUACGCGUCCUAUAAGUUAACUGGUAUUAAAACAAUUUCAAAAGCAUUAUUAACGCUGUGGUUUCCAAACACUUUUUUUCCACAAUGUUGGCGAAAACGCGUAGAUUUCAUUCGUUUGAAUUUUCCAAAACGCCUAGAUUUCUCGUCAAAUCCACAUCGGUAAUAUUUGCAAAUAAACCACUAAUCAAAUCGCGGAAAUUCGAUUUAUUUCGCAUCGUCUUUUUCAGUUUCACCAUUCUCGCCUUUCCAGAACCACCCUCCUGGUCGUCCGAACGGCGGGAGCAGCCACCCAAAUCUUUUUGUUCUAUAUACAGUUGCGCCUCUCCUGCAGGAUAUAAUAAUACAAGGUAUACAGUCGUAUACUUAUUCAUAUUUAAACGACUGGACGGAUUUAACGUAAUAUCGUACAUAUAGUAUUUUCGCGAACAUAAAAACUUCCAAAGUAAGGGUACACUCGGAGAAAAGAAACGAGGCGGUACACCCUCGGCCGUAAUACGAUAGUAAUAAAUGCGCCGGUUGUCGCGCAGUUACAUAUAAUAAGAAUAUUAUUAUUAUUAUGAAAUAUUGUGUCCUUAAAAAUCUCCAAAUAUCCUCGCAGUAUGUUUUUUUUUUUUUUUCCGCUUCGGGACGUUUUCGUUCGGAUAUCAAACGACAACAACGACGGCGCGUACACAAUCCGUACAUAACAAUAUAUAAUAUAAUAUAUAUAUAUACCCAUAUAUAUGUUUAUAUUUUAUUCGUCGUUUUUUUUUUUCUUUUUCCUAAAGGGAUUACAGUGAUUCCGGGGAGGAACUAUCGGACGACGAUAUAGAAAUCGAUUACGAAGACGACGACGACGACGAAGAAGUGGAAGAAGUGAAACCCUUGCCGCCCGUCGCCCGUAGCGUCUAUAAAAAGAACGACUAA